AUGUCGCCCGUCCGAUCGACCGACCGAUAUCAGCCUUUGAGUCAAUAUGAGAUCAGUGGUAAUCUACUAGUCUUAGUCUUAGUGGCGAGGUGGGAGAGCGAGCGACCGAUCGGAUUGCUCUUGCAGGAGGUAAGUCCUGAGUUAACUUUCUUGGACUACGUUGGGGUGCGUUUUGUGGCUUUGACGGACAUUAACUAUACCGUUAAUGUGCUAUUGAGCAUGCACGAGAUUGUUGCUGGUUCGCUGGAACUUGUUGAAGAGGGUGUGUGUGCCAUGGCUCGUGAUCGGGGUGUGAGAGGGGGCAGAGUGAAAUGGUUCGAUACCGCGAUGGUCGCACAUGGUUAUGAGUUGGCGGACCAGGGUUGUCCGGUCUGUGUGCUUCGUACCCCGCAAUGUCCAUCAGAUGGAGCUGAAUUCGCGGCAAGGGUUGAGCGACGUGCUGUGGGUUGCGCGCUCGGACAGUGCCUAGGCCGAGUCAAUGGCAUGUUUGACAUCCCCGUCGCUCGCUCCCACUGGCCAGGGACCUACACCCGGGCUAAUGGGGUGCCCCCGAAAUUGGCAUCGGACCAUCCGAUAUCACUCGAUGAAGGUAAAUCUGAAGAGCGGGGAGGGACGUGGCUCUUAGCUUAG